GCCACCCAAUCCGCGGCUCCUGGCGGCGUGUGCGCAGUGUGUCGUCUCCGGGUAAUGGCGAUGUUGCAGCGGCUGGCACAUUCGUGGGCGGUACUGGAGAGCGCUCUGCUGCGGGCGUUCGGGCUCCAGCAGCGGUCAGCUCCUGCAUUGGCAAUACAAGCUCCAGCAGCCUUCCCUCAAUUUAACCCUGAAGCCCGUGAGAAUCACCAGAAUGACAGCCCUGGCUUCUUAGACAGUAUCUUCUUGAUGGCAGCACCCAAGAAACGACGCACGAUUGAGGUUAACCGCUGCAGGAGAAGGGAUGUUCGGAAACUAGAAAAAGUUAAGAACAACAUAGAAGUUUGCCAAGAAUGUGGCCACUUGAAACUGAAACAUGUGCUAUGUGCCUUCUGCUACCAAAAGGUUGCACAUGAGACAGCUCUUGUACGUGCACAGAUUCAGGUGCAGGAAGGAAGGCCACUUAACACUGCUGCAAUAGAGACAGUUGUGCUUUACGAAGGGGAGAAAGCAACAGAGGCUGACAAAGGGAAGAGGAUCAUUGAGAGGAACCGAAAGCGGCCGUCGUGGUUUACAGUAGGGUCAUGAGAUGGACAUUGCACAGGUGAACAAGAUAGUGCUAAGAUAUUUUGUUUAAAAAUAAAACACAUGCAAAGUUAAAAUGUGUCACUGAAGCUAGGCACAUACUUGUUGACACAGCAAGUUUAAUCUCAGGAAUUUGGUUUGAUCUAAAGAAACUUGGAAUAAAUUCUCCUCUACACAAAAGGCUGUUUGGGUGUCUUUUUAAAUAAUAUAAUUUAUUUUUGACGACUGCAAAGGGGAAUUUAGUAUUUUUCCUCAGUAUUUCACUAUUUCAUGUGGCGGCACUGAAGUUGGCACAAAUGUUACAUUCAGGAAACUUUUCAAAAGCAAAAUAAUCCACAUUCUAAUAUUUUUAUUUUUUUAAUGACAUUUCUCAAUAGUGAGUUUUUCUGAAUAGUUAAAAUUGAUUCAUGGUGUCUGUGCAUACUGUCUCUGUCAUCUCCAACAGUCCUUCCCCUCCACUAUUUUCCUCACCCACCAUCUGAUGCACCCUGUCCUUUCUUGUAUUUCCUUAUCACUCACCUCUUUGUUGACCAUUAAUGGCUGAAACCUUUUUCUUUCUUCCCUCAGACUUCUUUGUCUUUUCACUUUCUCUCUUUCCCCUUGUUUUAAUGUCCUUUUAUCCCCUUGAUCAAGAGAUUUUGGAUCUGUUGCAUCUGACAGCUUUGUUCUCUGCUUUUUAAUUAUGAUUCUGCUCUGUGUAGCAGAUUUGAAGCUAAAAAUGGAAUGAGUUAAUUCUGAUAGAAAAUGCUCCCUAGUCCUUUCCAGGCUGUUUUGAAAAUGUAUAAUUCACAGAAUGGCUUUGCUAAUCUGGCCCAUUCAAAAUAUGGUUGUUCUCAAAAUCUGAGAAGCAAUGUGAACUCUUUUUCUUGGGGAAAGGGGAACAAUUUUUAUUUUGUGUGACUUUUUGCAUCUGGUAACCAUUGCUGGUGUGGAUGAUUCAUGUUCCAGUAAUGUUGAGUUCAAAAUACCAAAAGGAAGAGACUUGCUGAGGUAUUUUUGCCCUGCCUUUUGUUCUCAGUUGUUCAAUUGAGUACCUAAUUUAAGGAGAUUUCCUCAUCUAUCCUCUCAUAUAGUCAAUCUACAAUUUUAUUUUUCACCAUUUUAAAAGAUUGUUCUUGUGAUGGUCAGGAUGUUUUUUUUUCAAUAAAGGGCAGAAAAGAAGGAUGAUGAAUUGAGAAAAAACUUGGCCUUUAAGCUUGUAAUUGCAAAAAUAUUCUGCUUGAAAAGCUGUGCUGUUUGUUCUGAGAUACUGUUUCAAAGUAGGUCUGGAAAGGUAAUUUCACCUUUAAAUAAUCACAGUUGCCCUUGAAAGACCUCCUAUUACCACAACCAUCUACCUUUAAAUAUCUCUUUGAAGAGACUCAAUUCAUGCCCCCUGUUUUUACAUGUUUAUGCAGUGCUUAUCUUCAAUCAGCUGUAAUCAGAUAUGUAAAAAUAAGGUAAUAUAUAAAAGUUUAUGCAAAUAAAAUCCAUUUUUAAAUUUGAAAAGCAGAACUGGUGUAAUCAACCUUAUAAUAGUUCACUUGGAUAUGUAAAGACUUCCUCUUGAUUGGUAAAGUUCAGUUAGAACUUGGCAAUUAAAAUAUUUAUGCUUUUCAGAACCUCAAAUUACCUGAGAGAGCAGUUGCUGGUGUUUAGUAAAAGUCAAUUCUCUGAGCUCAAGCAUUUUUCCCUCCCCUUUUUAACCAUAGUUCAGUUGGCAGCACCCUUGAUUCCAAGUCAGAAGGUUGUGAGUUCAAGCCCUAUUCCAGAGACAAGCAUAAAGUAUGUAGUUCUGUGGGGGAAUGCAGAACUGGCUGAGGUGUUAUCAUUUGAGUGAAAAUUAAAUUCAAGCACUUUGAUCCUUAUCUGGAUGUUAAAAAUUCCCAAACAGGGCAAACAGGAAUUUGCUGUGAACUGACCAAUGUUUAUUCCUCAACUAACUAGCACCUGAAACACUCUGAUCAUUUAUUCAAUUGUUAAUUGCAGAAUGUUACUGUGCAUAAAU